CCCGGCUCCCCGUCGCGGGUGGACCGGGGACAAAGCAGACGCAACUUCGGCGGAGCGGAGCUGGUCUGCCAGCCCAGAACCCUCCCUAGUUCCUGCUGCCUCUUCAUUUCCCGGUUCUCGGUGCCCCUCCCGGACCACGGUUCCCGGUACCGGCCCCGCCAUGCCCGCCACCUACCCGCAGCGAGCCCUAACGGUGCUUCUGCUCUUCGGGACCCUGGCCGCUGCCAUGGCCCUGCUCGCCUCCAGCCUCAUCUUCCAGCUGCCAUCGGGAAGGCCUGGCACAGGUUCCGGUGCUGGUUCUGGUCCCGGUACGGGGAGAGGAGCUUUACCGGAGCCUGCUGCCGCCGUGCUGCUGCCGGUGUCGGCCGUGCUGGCCGCGCUCUGCCUGGUACUCAACGUCAGCUGCCUCCUGCUCUGCCUCCUCCAUGGCUACUUCAGCACCGAGCUGUGCCGCGGGCCCGGGCUCGACCGGGCAGAUUGGUUCCUCCUGGACAGCAGAGCCGUUCGCCACGCUGCCAUCGGCCUCUUCUGCUGCGGGGUCUCAGUCUACCUCACAGCCCUUGCCAUCUACAUGCUGCUGCUGUUCGAGCUGGAGGCCGGCAUCGCCAGCGCCUGCAUCCUCUCCUCGGGCAUCAUCGUGCUGCUGCUCUCGGUGGCCCACGCCCUGCUGCGAGCCGCCCGGGCCUCCCGCCGCGCCCGCCCCGAGCCGUCCCACACGCUCUACGAGAACGACUCCGCCCGGCACGGCGACUGCCCCCCCGGCGACCUCAACAACAAGGCCGCGGCCCCUCCCCGCCCCCGCCCCGAAAUCCACCGGGAGUUUUCCUUCCCUCCUUUCCUGGAGCGCAAAUCGCAGCUGGGCUCCGCCGCCGGCAGCAGCCUGUCCUGCUCCGGGGAGAAGGAGAGCUGCAGCCUGCCCCGGGCGCACAGGACGCUGGCAGCAGAGCCUGGGCUGCUGCAGGCGCAGGGCAAGCCCUGGAACGGAGUCACCCAGGAGAUGAGGAACGUCCUGGCCAGGAAGCCUGGCGCCUCAGGCAAGGACUCCACGCUGGUGUGA